GAAACUUAGCCAGUUUCCUAUGAUUCGCUCGGUAGUCGAGCGUCUCACCAGGCGACGGUUUGCAAAGCGAAAAUUCCAAGAAAAAAUAGACAUUUGGCGUCUGUUCGUAUUUGCUCACCAUUUUAAAGAAUGCGACGGAAGAAGAGUUGAUGUCAACAUUCCCAAUGAGAGAACAUCGUUUGCAAGGCAAUAUCACGUUGUUCACAGCACAGUCAAUGAACAGGUUAUCAAGAUGUUGCAAAAUGUCAAAGAAAGACUAACAAAACAACCCAACAUGACACAAAGUUGGAGUUUUACAUUACACACCCAGAAAUCAACUGUUCAGCAUCCUGAUGCUGGAGAAGGAUUAUUCAUAGAUGGACAUGUAGUACCAGGAACGGUAGUUACCUUCUUUCCUGGAACUGUUUAUUUACCACCUGAUGUAAGUCAGAUAACAGAUUACUCUGAUUCUGAUCCUCACAAAACACUGUCGAUGAUGAGUCGUCUAGAUCGCUGCAUUAUCGAUGCCAACAAUUAUGAUAUAACUAUUACCACUCCAGAUGGCCCACUCAACCAUCCGUUUGCUUAUGGGCACAAAGUCAAUCAUCCAGAACCAGGAGUUGUGCCUAACCUCAUUCCUUUUUCAUACGAAGCAACCGCCUCUUUUCCUGAUGAACUGUUAUCCCUCAUUCCAAACAAGUAUUUCCGUCCUCCUGGAUUUCUGUAUGCCACUCCUUCAAAGAUGCGUAGUUUAGUGUUUGUAGCAGCAAGACAUCUCGAAAAUGAAGAGUUGUUCACUGAUUAUCGACUCCGUCCUGAUGUGUCCCAUCCUGACUGGUACACUUCUGUAGAUGAGGAAGAAAACAGAAGACUUUGGACAGACUGAGUGCACAAUGACAUACUAAACUGGAAUAAAUACUGAAAGGAAAUGGU